AUGGCACUGGACUCUUUACAGCCAGAGCACCCGCUUCGAGUUGACUACCUGGACCGAGUAGGAGUAUUGCUGUCUACACGGUCCAAAAUAUCACAAGAUCUUUCGGACCGACAAAAAUCUCUUGAUUGCCUCAAGGCAGCAUGGAGAUUCCGCAGCACCCCACCUCUAGAUCGCAUUAAGCUAGCUUCAGAAUUAGCCGCUUGCCUUACUGAGCAGCUCAACCACGCAGAGACAGCAGAUGUCCUGGAAGAGGCUGUGCAUCUGUUGCCAAUAGCCUGUGCUAGAUCUAUGAAUGACAUGGACAAAAUUAAGCAUAUUCAAAAGUUCUAUAGCUUGACCACCAUGGCUGCUUCUGCAUCACUUAACGCUGGGAGGAGCCCUUCUCACGCUUUGGAAAUAUUAGAGGCUGGUCGCGGGGUUGUAGCUGGUCAUUUAUUGGAUACUCGGGCGAAUACAUCCAGGCUCAGGGAGGAACACCCUGAUCUUGCGGAGGCAUUUGUAGUCCUUGGAGAAGAGCUCAACAAAGAAUCCAACACACAUUUGCACGAUUGGGCGGCGGAUACCGAUGCUGCGGCUUUGAACGAACUAAUUUCUUUGCAAAAAGACUUCGAGGCUCUCAUUGGAAAAAUUCGCGAGCAGAGUGGAUUCUCUAAAUUUCUUCUACCACUCAGUCCAGAGGAGAUGAUGGCUGCAGCAGAUCGUGGCCCGAUUGUUGUCAUCAACGUUAGCUCUCUUCGGUGUGACGCACUCAUCGUUGAAAAAAACCAUAUUCGAGCCAUCCUAUUGAAGGAUCUGAGACUUGACGAAGUCCUCAAAAGAAUUGCUACCAUGGGAGCCGCAACUAAGGAGGGCCCAGGCUCUUCCCAAGUAUAUUCUCCCUCAUUCUUGUCACCACUACUCGAAUGGAUGUGGAAAAUAAUCGCGCUUCCAAUACUAGAAGCGCUGGGGAUAGCACAGCCUCCAGAGGGUGACCAGUGGCCUCACAUUUGGUGGGUUACAACCUUUGCAAUGUCAUUUCUCCCAAUUCAUGCUGCGGGGAUUCAUGGCAAUAGAUCCCGCCAGACAGUGAUUGACCGAGUAAUCUCAUCCUACACGCCGUCCAUUAAGUCACUGGUUCACAUUUGGGAGCGCCCCGUUUAUGACACUUCUAAUGUUCAGCCUCAGCAUGCUCUCCUAGUUUCUAUGGCCGAAACACCCCAUCAGACACCUCUACCGUUCGCUACUGAAGAUGUGACUACCAUCGAGCCAAUCCUCAACACAAUGAACCUAACCGUGACCAAAGGGAUCGAGCAUACAGACGAGGCCCUGAAACACAUGAAAUAUUGCAAGAUCCUCCACUUUGCAGGGCAUGGCCUCUCCUCAUUUACCCAUCCUGCAAAUAGCUGUAUAUUGACAACAGACUGGGAGACCAACCCUCUGACCGUGGAGAAGCUUCGCCGGGAAACUCUACAGGAUGCGUCCCCAUUUUUAGCAUAUCUCUCUUCCUGCUCCGCCGCCAGGAGCAGAUUCCUUCACACAGCCGACGAGGCCAUUCACCUCAUCACUGCCUAUCAGCUUGCAGGCUUUCGACACUCCAUCGGAGCUCUCUGGGAAGUUUCUGAUUGGCAUUGCGUCGACGUGGCUAAGAUUGUGUACGAAACAUUACGAGAAGAGAAGUUCACAGAUAGAGCAGUGGCACUGGGCCUCCACAGAGUGACUCUAUAUGUUCGGGACCAUGGUCAGACAAUAAUUCAAACAAGGCCUCAAUCAAAAGACAGUGAGGCGCAGGAUGGUGGCGGAGAAGAUAGCACAGAGGAUCUACAGAAUCUGGAAGGAGACUUGGAGGGCUUCGAGAUCAGCCCUAAAGUAGGCGCAGACGAGGAAAGGGACGCCGUACCGAUUGCUUUUCGCCGCCGCCCUAUGAAGGAGCAAAUUGACUCAUUUUUAUGGAUUCCGUACGUUCAUUAUGGGGCUUGA